AGCACGGGGAGACGCUGAGAAGCCACAUCUCCAGUUUGUUUCUAUAUUUUUUGUCUAAUGUCAUUGAUUUGUGUUCUUUUCUUUAAAAAAGUGUAGAAUCAUCAGUGAGUAAAAAUGCCACCGAAAGGUGCCAAAAAGGGCUCAGCUAAAAAACCCAACGUAGCGGGAGCCACAGUUGUUCACAAGAAUUGGGAGGCGGAUCUCAUCGAUGCACCAUUUGAAGAGGAUUCAUGGCGCGCCUGUGUGUCUAUGGUUGUUGGGGAAAGUCCUGAAGAUGAGGAGCUGCUCCAGCCAUUAGCCGAGGCUGUGCAGCGACCACUACGCAAACUCUUCUCCGCGUUGACCUGGGACGACACACUCGCUAAGAUUCAUGAUCUGGGGAAUCCCAAAACAAAAACCAAACAUGAUGAGGCUCCCAUGUUCCAUGAGGUUACAGAGUCUGCUAAGCUGCUGCUGGAUGCAGAAGAGGAGAUUCCCUGUGACCUGAUGGCGAAAUUACUGAAGUUCCAGCUCCUUCAUAUCAAAGCCAAUGAUCAGCAGAGGAGGUUGGCUGAGCAGGCAGAGGACGAGGAUGUCAAUCUGCCUCCUGCCACCAAAGCCUCUGACAAAAAGCGAAAGACUCCGCCUCUACAGUCAUCCAAGAAAACAAAGCUGAAACGCAGGGAUGAGGCUGAGCCUCCUAAUUUCAAAGCUGAUGAACCAGACGAUGGUCCUGAGCACUACAUCCUGUUGCUGGGCUUUCACCAGCCUCACCUGAUUAGGAUCCUGGACGCCAUCGGUGUACACGUAACGAAUGUCAUCAAACUGUGUUCAGAGCACGAGCAAACUUGUGAGGUGCAGCAGGAGCAACACGCCUCUGAGGACAAUAAGCAGUCGAGCAACCAGAGCACAUCUGCAGUGACUAGUGCAGACUCAUCCAGUGAAAGGCAGGCUGCACCUGCCAGGACACUGGAGCUCUUCUGGUCUGGUCUAAGACCUGUUCUGUUAAGCGCUCCAUUGGAGUCGGAGCUGCACAAUUUGGCUCAGCUCUGCUACACUGUCCCUGAAAUCCGACCUCCAUCGAACUCAAAUGACCCUGACUGUCCGUGUGUCCAGCUGGAGUUGGGAAGCCGAAUCUUUGACGGCAUUGCCAAGCUCAUCUAUGACGGUGUGGACUGGCGCCAGCAGCAUCAGCACUUUCUAGACAGCAUCAAUCUCAUCCAUAUACCCUCUGUUGCUGUGUUGGAUAUUCAACCCUCAGAGGGUGUGUCGACCCGUUUAUCCGUGACUCUAAACUCAAAGAGGACUGCGGUUCAAGAUGUGGACAUGCGUUAUUACAGCUACCUACUGAACCUGGUUCCACCUGAGGCUUGCUCAGUUCCCCUUAUUUUGGACUGUAUGCUACAGCAGGUGGUGAUUUCCACAGAAAGGUCGGACCAAGCGCAGUCUCGCAUAGCUUGGAGAACCAAGUCUCACAGUGGUCCCUGGUUAGACCCUCAGUUGGCUGCCUUCAUGCUGCAGAACUUCCUGCCCCUGGUGCACACAAAUGAUCAGAGGAGCAGAAUGUUAAACAGCUUAGUCAGUGUUGUGCAGAGAGAGGAAGACAAAAAGGGACUAGUGGACAGGUUUGGAGCAGAGGAGACUCAGAGGAAUGCUGAUCUUCCUUUGGUCAUCAGACACCAUGAUGAGAGGGCAUUGCGCUUGAGGGAUGUCAGUGCUGUUCAGGGUUUUGAUCCAACACAAGUGGAGUCGUCCAUAAUGAAGCUGUCUCCAGUUUGGGAGAUGAUCCAGUCUGCUGCUCAUCCUAGAAAGAGCCUCUCUACCUGGAUGUCCAUCAAACAGCAUUUGCAACAUGACAGCAAACAAGUCAUGGCAGGGCCUGAAGUGGAGCGUCUGUUUCAUCAAAGUGUGUUUGAGGCUAUGACAUUGACAAGGCUGGACCAGAAUGGUGAACUACCGACUGCUGCAGGAACACUGGAAACACUGGAGCCAACACAGCAGAAACCCACCAUAAUCCCUUGGGACAACCCUCUGAUAUAUGCUAAAGUGCAGCUUCACAACGCACAGAAUAAAGCAUUUCUCACAGAGGAACCUGGUAAUGCAGAGUUCAGUGAGAGAAUGAGCUGUGAUGUGGAGCUGUCAGACAUCCAGCGCUGUCGGCUGAGAUCUCUGCAUGACUGGUAUUAUGCUGAACACCACAGUGUUUCUGUCUUUCCACAGGUACUCCAGGUAGCGUCGGAAGAAUACCUGUGCCUCGACACCUUCAGAGGAAGCCUCAACAACGUCCUGUACAUUUUUUGCCACAGUCCCACACGUUCUGAUCACCAGUGCAAGGAGUUCUGGGAUGUGGCCCUUCACACUGAUGUCAAGUUCAGGACGUAUCUGGAAAAUGUAGCUGAUACUAUUUUGGACUGGACAAGAGAGGAGGAGUCAAAGAGAAUGGCAUUGCAGCUUCUCAGUGCUGAGUCUCCAAACGAUGAAAACUCGGAAUCUACAGAUGAUGAGGACUCUUUGGAUCCGUUCAUCAGGAAGGACUCCCUGAAAGCCUGGAAGUUGGAGCAGGAGCGGCUAAAGGAGGAGGAGGAGGCCAAGAAAUCAAAAAAGGUGAAGAUGCCAAAAGGCAAGCCACAGAAGGAGGAGACUAAAAGUAAUAAAAAUUUGACUGGUAGCAGGAAGAACAGACCAGAGUCGGCAGACAGCUCAGGGGAGAAGCUCACUGAGCUCACUACCACUUCGGCGCCCCCUGUACACAAAACCUAUGGCCAGCUUGAGACACAAGAGCACUGCAGUGGCUUCACAGGUUACAGCAUGAAUGGGAUGUUGAUCCAUGUGUCAGGUUGUCUCCAGUACCUGUUCCCUUCAGAUGGAGGGAAAAUCACUGUGGAAAAUAUCAACUAUGUUGAAGGCUCCAGGCUAAUGAAAGUGGCAGUGAAGAAGGAUGGACAUCAUUUCUUCACACACAUCAUCAGAGAUGUUUAUCCUUCACAGUCACUUGAUAAAGAGGCUGAUUACAAAAAGGAAAAUUUGUCAGCGUAUGUGGCAGUGAAGAGAGUGAAGCUGGGCUCCCUGUCAGCUUUGCUAAACAAUGGAAUUCACCUCUCGUACAGUUUCUAUGGUCCCACAGGAGAACAUAUAGAGAGUAUACCGGAAACUGAAGUGGCCAUCACAAGAGCCACCAGCGAUGUCACCAACUCUCCUUCCUCCUCAACCCAUCAAUCCAGGGCAUCAGACACAGACUCAGCCAGCCUGAGUGGAACUCAGGAGUCCCAGCCUCAGGUGUGUGAAGGCCAGUCAGGAUCCUCACCGGAACCAUUCAACAGUCUCAGCCUGUCUCUUCCCAACGGCCUCCUCUUGCAGUUUCGAAGAGAGGACACUCAAGAAGAGCAGGGUAUCCUGGUGAGACAGAGCUUUCCUCUACAUGGUACAAUAGAGGUGAAGCGGCUUCAGGACACGGUCCUCACCAAGGAACUGUCCCGCAAUGUCACCAGCCAGGGAACUGUGAUCCGUUACAUGAGAGACAAGUCUGCAGAGAUGCUGUUUGCUGAUGGAGCAGUCAGUUUCAGUCAGGAUGGAGCUCCAACUGAGGAGGACAACACAAAUGAAGAGCAGAACAUAGAGAGUAAUUGGAAAAGGUGUUGGAUUACUACAUAUACCUCUGGAUCUCGCGUCUGCACUGUGGGGUCCAUUCACAAACGCAUACGCGCCCCCCGUCUUCUUACCUACAAGGUUGUAGACCCCAUCACACAUGAGGUGAUGCUGAGCCGGGAGGAUAUGGUGGUUACUGUCCACAAUAAAGAUGGAUCUCUAAGUGUGGAACACGCAGAUGGAACCAGGAUCACCACUUUCCACCAAGAAAGAACAUCAAACACAGAGGAGCAGUGUGAGAGUGUGAUUUUUAAAGCCACAUCUGAAUCUGACUGUGUGCCCAUCACGCACUGUGCAGACAGCAUCGAUGAGAACAGGAACAUCCAGGAAGCUUGUGACAGUGGAAACAAGCAAAGCUGGGACAGUGCAGAGACAGUGGGUGGCAAAGAGGAUGCUGGUUCGAACUCGAGCGCGUGUGAGGAUGUUUUCAAUGCGCCGUGUAAGGAUGGUGACGAGAGCGCGUCUAAAGGUAGUGUGUCAACCAAAGAACGAGUGGUGUUGGUGGAGAAGGAGGGCUAUGCCACCGUGGUGAUGUAUCCAGAGCGACAUAUGGCUCAUGUCUUUUUGGCUGAUGGAACUGUCAUCACUGGGGACAACCAAGGAGUCUAUCAGGUAUUUCCAUCCAGUGUGGGGUUCCUGCAGAUCCAGAGUGACGGGAAGUGUGUGUACUCCACUGACACACUCGUAAACCCCAGUCUUCAGGACGAUUCUCCCAUAAACCAACCAGGAAUCUACACCAUGAGUCACACAGACAGUGUGGCCUGUGAUGUUACAGACCCCGAUGGAAACCACUUUCAGGUGAUGGAGGAUGGGCAGAUAUCAGUGCUAAACGUCAGUGCCGCUCCAAGCACAGAGAAACAGUACGAUGAGGAUGAUAAUCAGGAGAAGGAGGUGGUGGAGGACAAAGAAGUGGCUUCCAGGCUUCCUGUAAAACAUUGUUCCAGACUGUUUCUGGUUCACGAGGACGGCUCAGGUACUGAACUGCUGAGCUCUCAGGUUGUUGAGGAGCUGCUCUACCAGGCGUAUUCUGACCCUACCAUAGCAGUGCUGAGGGAACCACUGCCAGACACACAAGAUGAAUUUGGUAUUACCAUCCUGAAGCCCCUUCGGCAGAGUAUAUGGUCCCAGUGGUUACUAGAGAAACAGAACCCUGACAUCACCCCUCCCAACCUCAGGAACCGCACCUGGCAUGACUUCCCCGAUGUAGAGAAGAAGAACCCAGGUCCUGUAUUUGGCACCAACCUCGGAAGAGGUCUGAAUGUGGGAGAGAGGCCGUGGGAGUCUGCAGCACAGCUGCAGUCUGUCAGGGGCUGCCCUAAAGUCCUGGAGAUGAGGGAACUACACCAGCACAGACCAUUUACCAAGAGACUCAAGAAGACAAUAGACACACGGCUGAAGGAAUACAUCGAAAGUUUGAUGGAGAGGGAGCGGCGAUCGGAAGAAAUAAAGGUCAAAGACCCUCGAACUCGAGAAGAGAGUGACCAUGCUGCUGAUCUGCUCAGUCUGGUCCUGUCUUUUGCAGAGGAAGAGGACAUUAAUCUGUCCUGCGACAAGAAGACACCAGCGGACAUUGGCAGUCUGUAUGGCCAAGGUCUUGAAGCCAAAGCUGACCAUUCAGAUUCUUCAGGAAACAUAGCCACACUCAUCAGUGACAGUUUUUGGACUCAAAGACAUGCACAAUACAGACAGGAGCUGUGUGAGGAGAAGGCCUGCAGAGAAGCUCUGAGGAGGAGGAGUGUUGUUCCUUAUUUCCACACAGAAAAUAUCCCAUUGCAUCAGACUCUAUCUGCAGAUAUCCACACCAUCUCUAAAUCAGACAGUGCAGAGGCAGAGUCAUUCGUGAAAGAUGCUCCACAUGAGAACACACCACGGCCAUUAAACCCAACACCGUCUCAAUCAGCAAGCCAUGGAGCAGGAAGUGACAGGAGACAGCCUGACAAGAGACCCAUCAACCCCACACCUCAGUCUGAUGGUGAAAGCAGCCUGCGGAUUUUGUCUAGGCCGUAUAAGUCAGUCCAGGUGGACGUGACUGGAAAGCCGAGGAAAUCUAAAGUCAGACUACCAGCCUCCAUCCUCUGCUCCAAACCCUGCAGUGUUCCAAAUAAGCAGUUCCUCUCAGUGGAAGAGCCAGUUAGAAGGAAGUGUCGAAUGAUUUCUCUGAUGGAUCCAAAAGUGGUAAUGAGGGGCUUCCAGCUCUUCCCAUCCAGUGUGGACUUUGGCACGGUGCAGGAGGGCACCAACUCCACCAUUAUUGUGCUGAUGAGGAAUGUGGGGGUUGACACCUGCAGGUUCCAUGUGAAACAGCCUCGGGCUGCGACAGGCCUCCGCGUCAUCUACAAUCCUGGCCCUGUUCCUGCUGGUCUGUAUGUGGAACUGCAGGUUCAGCUGUUCGCCAUGUGCUCAGCUGAAACAGGAGAGGAAGUGCCGAAAAAACACAUCUCCCAUGAUAUUGUCAUCCACACUGAGACUGACAUCAUCUACCUGCCUGUCACUGCUCUCAUUGUUCCUGAGAGGUUGUACGACAUUUGGCUCAAGGACCACAGCGGUACAAACAAAAAGAAAAGCUCCAGGAUACUUGAACUUCCCUCGGCUUCAUCAGCCACUCGGGGAGGAGCCGGGCAAAAAAAAGGGAAAUUACAAUAAUGCCGCCAGUCGAUGAGGACUACACAGGAUCAUCAUCGUCACUCUGAUUGAAAGUGAUGGGCAAGUGAUCUGGAAAUAGUCACGAGCUGUAAGCUGAAAAUGAAGCACAGAACAUGACCAAAUCAAUCCCAACUGUCAGUCACAUGCACAGAAUUUAAAACUACAGUAUAUCAACCACAAAAUGGUAGAAUUAAGAAUCACCUUGACAGUUUUGUAUGUUGUGUCAAAUUAUGAAAAUACGUACUUCCUGUGAUGCUGCAAAACCUUGCUAAACUAAUUUAAAAUUGUGUACUGACUUUGAGUCACACUUGAACGUUAUGAUAUAAAAAUUCACACUUUUAUUAAACUCAUUAAGGUAA